AUGGAUUCUUCUAGUCGGCAUUGGAUGUUUCUGAACACGACAAUUGGCGAUCUUGAGGUUCACUUUGACGGUACAAUACCCAAGGCAUCUCGACUACACAGGACAUUUCCCGACUCCAGGCCGUUGUCUCCCUGGCUGAGCACAAUCCCAAAUGGCGGCAGGCGAUCAGAGUGCGAUCCGGUCCUCAUGUCAUAUUUCGAAAAUAUAAUCUGCAGCAGCUCUACCUUGGUAGAUAAUGCUCAUUACAACCCCUAUCGAUAUCUCAUUCUACCCAUGGCCUUAGAGACCGAAGGACUUUAUCAUGCGACGCUAGCUAUUGCAGCCAAUACCAUGCGCCUUUCAGACCCGAGAUAUCAGUUGCCAGCACUGGAGCACCAUCAUUGCGCAUUAAGUCAUCUCAGAGGUUUAUUGACUCAUGACACAUGGGGAGAAAAAGAGCUGGAUGAGAUGCUGGGACUUGUCCUCAUGCUCUGCUGGUUUGAUAUCUCAGAUAAUAGUCGACCAUCAUGGUUUACCCAUCUCAAUGGGUUCCAAGACUUGAUACAUACGCGACAACAACGCCCUGGCCGCUCCAUCCACAGCCAGGAACUAUCAAGUUUCUUCAAUCGCUACUUUGCCUUUCAUCUUGUCCUUGCCCGAACAGCAUUCCGUGUCAAGCCCACGACUUGCCAAAUAUCAAUUUUACCAGACUCUUCUAUCGAGUCUCCCGAUAUCAUUGAUCCAUAUAUGGGAUUCAGCCACUCACUUUUACUACUCAUCAACCAGGUGACUGAGCUUGCCUGGGUCAGAGAAGAUGCAAACGAUAAGAUAACAUUAUCUACAGUUUAUCAGCUAAAACAAGACCUCGAAAAUCUCCAGCAAAGACUACCAACUGAACAGAUUGACCCAGACACAGAAUGCGCUGCAAUUGCAGAAGCGAACCGACUCGGGGCACUUCUUCUGCUUCACGAAACCUGCUCGCCAACCGCCUCAAACAGGAACUCUUGUCUUCCAUCUCUCAAUCUAGAAGAAAGGGGUGAUUGUGUCGAGCAAAUAUUGAGUCUCAUCUUGGCAAAAAAAGCAAAUAUGAUGCGCACUGCAGUCUUGCCGCUGUGGCCCUUGUUUUUGGCGGGCUGUUGUGCUCGUGAGGAGGAUCAACGGGUGAUUGUGCUGCAGCUCUUUGAGGAACUAAGUGGAAUUCGUAGAUUCGGGAACAUUGCACCCGCUAUGGAAGUUGUUGAGAUGGUUUGGCGACAGCGAGAUUUGUCCGUACAGGACGAGCGAAAGCGCCAAAGAGGCGAGAAUCAAAGUAAAAAGGAUCCUUUACAGGGCGCCCGAUUUUCCUGGGAACAUGCCAUGGUGAUGCUGGGAGACUGGAAACUAAGUUUGACAUAA